AUGGUUUUGUGUCUGAUCGUUGGCUGUGGCAGCAAAAGUGGACGAGAUAAAGGGUUGUACUUUGCAAGGGUGCCUUCUGUGGUCACAAAUCAAGGCGAAGAGGCACAGAAACUAUCCGAAGAAAGAAGAUCGCGCUGGAUUUCAGCGAUGAGCCGUGACGAUCUGACCGAAGAGAUCUUAGAAAACGAUCGUGUGUGCGAAAAGUAUUUUGUUUCAGGAAGGGCAGCUAAGAGCUGGGAUAAAUUUAAUAUUGACUGGGUUCCGACAUUGCUUUUGGGACACAAGAAAGCUACUGAUCGAGCAGAUCAUAAAGAAGCGGCGGCAAAACGAAGCGAGAGAGCGAGGGAACGUGAACUGGUGAAGAAGCCGGCUUUUGAAAAGAGAGAACGAGAGCUAGAACUAGAGCGAACGGCGAAGAGACAGAAACUUAAUGAGCCCGGUGAACAGGUUUCAAACCUUAGCUUUGAAGGAAAUGAGAACGAAGAGAAAAAAUUAACAGUUGAAGCUGGCACACAAACUGAAGAGUUUGAAUAUUUAUUCAGCUCUCUAAACAUUGACCGGAAACCAUUUGAUCGGUGGGAAUUUGUACAAAACGAAGAAAAAGUUAAAUUCUACACUGGAUUGCCUUCCUUCGAUAUCCUGCAAAAUGUUUUUGAACAUGUUUCUCAGUUUGUUGCUUACAAGUCCCAGAAUCUGACCACAUUUCAAGAGUUUGUCAUGACUUUGAUAAAACUUAAACUUGACGCACCACAUCAAGAUCUUUCAUAUCGCUUCAAUGUCUCCCUUUCAACAGUUUCAAGGAUUUUUUCAUCCUGGAUGGUAGCGCUAGAUGUACGCCUGGCUCCACUUAUCAACUGGCCUGAACGUGAGGAUUUAUGGCGAACUAUGCCACAGUGUUUUAAAUAUUCAUUUGGAAACAAAACUACCGUGAUUAUUGAUUGUUUCGAAGUAUUUAUUAAUAGACUAUCAAAUCUGCUCGCAAGAGCACAGACAUGGUCAUCGUACAAACACCAUAACACUGUUAAGGUGCUGAUUGGGAUAACUCCACAAGGUACAAUCUCCUAUGUUUCCCAAGCUUGGGGAGGACGAACAUCAGACAAAUAUUUAACUGAGAACUGUGGAAUUUUAAAUAAGUUGUUGCCUGGGGAUCUGGUCUUGGCUGACCGUGGUUUCACCAUCGCAGAGAGUGUUAUGUUUCAGCAAGCACAACUAGCCAUCCCUGCUUUCACAAAGGGAAAAGACCAGCUUGACCCUGUGGAUGUUGAAAAAACUAGGGGGAUCGCAAAUGUUCGCAUUCAUGUCGAAAAGGUUAUUGGCCUCCUUCGCCGAAAGUACUCGAUAUUGUCUGGAAUUCUGCCAAUUGAUUUCUUAAUUUCCAACCCUGGUGGCUCUCAGGAAGAAGCAACACCAGUGAUUGACAGGAUUAUUAAUGUAUCUGCAGCUCUUGUUAAUUUGUGCCCAGGCAUUGUACCACUUGACUGA